GUGACUGAAUUUCAAGAUGAAGGAUUCAUACAGAAAAUGGAAUUUUGGGUCAUUUGCUAAAGAAGAAGAUGGAAAAGUAGAGACCACAUCAUCCAGGCCAAGACACAAAAUGAGCUCUCUCCCGGUGCCAUGGAGGACACGUCCAUCCACAAGUCUGAACCAAGCAAAGACACACUGGACUUCCCAGCACCACAGGAGACUCCUGCCAAUUUCAUCCACGUGGAGUUGGAGGAGUAUGAGCCCGUGGACUUCAGUGCCAAGGAACUCAUCCUAAAGAAAGCCAGAGAGGUCUGCACAUGCAGUCAUCAAACCGUCAUCACCUUCCUGUGCCGGCUGUUCCCAGUGCUGGACUGGCUGCCCCGCUACAACAUCAGGACACAGUUGCUUGGGGACGUCAUAUCUGGGCUCCUGGUGGGGAUAGUCACCAUCCCUCAGUCCGUCUCUUACUCCCUUUUAGCCAGCCAGGAUCCCAUCUACGGGAUCUACACCAACUUCUUCUGCAACAUCAUCUACGUCGCCAUGGCCACUUCGCGGCACAACUGCGUGGGCUCCUUCGGGGUGCUGUGCCUGAUGGUGGGGCAGAGCGUGAACCGGCACCCGGCUCGCGGGUACGACGAUGACGGCUCCUACAGCUCCCCAGCGCUGGGCAACGCCACCUCCACUGGCAACGGCACUGCUGCCUGCGACAGGAGCUGCUACGCCAUCACCGUGGCCCUUUCCUUAAGCUUUCUGGUUGGUCUCUACCAGAUCCUGCUGGGGGUUUUACAGCUGGGAUUUGUGGCUGUCUACCUUUCAGAACCUCUCCUUGGUGGCUUUGUGACUGGCUCCAGCCUCACCAUUAUCACCUCCCAGAUGAAGUAUCUCCUGGGACUGAAAAUCCCUCGUCACGAAGGGGUGGGGUCAUUCAUCCUGACCUGGAUUGACCUUUUCAGAUACAUUCAGAACACCAACAUCUGUGACCUGGUCACCAGCCUGGUUGCUUUGGCCAUCAUAGUGCCUGUCAAGGAGAUCAAUGAAUGGUACAAGGAGAAGAUGAAGGCCCCGUUCCCCAUAGAGCUGCUGGUGGUCAUUGUAGCCACAGUCAUAUCUCACUACUUCAACUUCGAGGAGCGAUACAAGUCUGCUGUUUGUGGGGAUAUCCCCACUGGUUUCAGGAAACCCACUGUACCAGAUAUAAACCUGUUUCCCAGCCUGGCAGUUGAUGCUCUGCCCAUUGCUAUUAUUGGCUUUGCCAUGACUGUCUCCCUGGCAGAAAUCUUUGGCAAAAAGCACGGCUACACUGUCCGUGCCAACCAGGAGAUGAUCGCCAUCGGCAUGUGCAACCUGAUCCCUUCCUUCUUCUACUGCUUUGCCAGCUCUGCAGCCCUGACCAAGACUCUGCUGAAGGAGUCCACGGGGACCCAGACCCAGAUCUCUGGCCUGGUCACCUCCCUGGUGCUGCUGCUGGUGCUGCUGUGGAUCGCCCCGCUCUUCUACUCGCUGCAGACCUCCAUCCUGGGGGUGGUCACCAUCGUCAACCUGCGGGGGGGCCUGAGGAAGUUCCGUGACACCCCCCGGAUGUGGCGGCUCAGCAGGCUGGACACGGUGGUGUGGUGGGUGACCAUGCUGUGCUCCACCCUGAUCACCACAGAGAUCGGGCUCCUCGUGGGCGUCUGUGUCGCUCUGCUCUGCAUCAUCUUCCGCACGCAGAGACCCAGGGCCACGCUCCUGGGCAAGGUCAGCAACACGGAGAUCUACGAGGACCAGUCCACUUACAAGCAGCUCAGCAGCAUCGCCAACAUCAAAAUCUUCCGCUUCGAGUCGUCCCUCUACUACGCCAACAGGGACUAUUUCAAGACUGUUCUGUAUCAGAGAACUGGGGUAAAUCCUAUUCUGCUGGCUGCUAAACACCAAAGGGUGGGGGCCCAGGCAGACACAGAGACAGGCAACAGAAAGAGCUUUUUGGGCACUGGGUGUGACUGCCUGAAACAGGCCAAGAAAAGGGCUGAGAAGCCUCCACCAGAUGCCCGUCCUCCCUCCAUAGAUAUGCACACCUUAAUCCUUGACUGUGGGGCAAUGCAGUUCAUAGAUACUGUGGGUCUCUCUGUGCUAAAGGAGACACACCAUGACUAUAAGAAGAUUGGUGUCCAGGUGCUCUUGGCCAACUGCAACCCCUCCAUCCGCCACCGCCUCAGGGAGGGAGGCUGGGCAGGCGAGACAGGCAGUGGGGGUCAGCUGGCUUUCCACAGCAUCCACGAUGCAGUGCAGUUUGCUGAACGGUGGUACCAUGUGCACCAGGAGGAAAGCAAGGAGAAACAGGACACUCUCCUGGACCCUGAGGACGUGAACUUCCAGGUGUCUUUGUAGACCUGUGUGUGAGGACUGAUUCCUAACGGGGAAGGGCUUGGCACGUACUCGAGAGCACUUUCAGUCUUUGUGCAGCCAGAGCGCGCAGGAGAGACUUGUGAUGGUCUGCCAGCAGCGGCAGGGGGCAGCAGGAUUUGGGGAGAGAUUGGCAAGAGGUAAAUCGUCC